CCAGGGCCUAUCAGGGCGGGGCGGGCUGGUUCGGGGGCCGGAGCCGGUUUGACCGAGGCGUCGGCGGCGGCGGCGGCGGGGGAGGAGGAUGGAGGCCGUGGUGUUCAUCUUCUCUCUCAUCGACUGCUGCGUGCUCAUCUUCCUCUCCGUGUACUUCAUAAUUACUUUGUCUGAUUUGGAAUGUGAUUACAUCAAUGCUAGAUCAUGUUGCUCCAAAUUAAACAAGUGGGUAAUUCCAGAAUUGAUUGGUCAUUCACUUGUUACUGUAUUAAUGCUCAUCUCAUUGCACUGGUUCAUCUUCCUCCUCAAUUUGCCUGUGGCCACUUGGAAUGUAUAUCGGUUCAUUAUGGUACCAAGUGGUAACAUGGGAGUAUUUGAUCCAACAGAAAUACACAAUCGAGGGCAGUUGAAGUCACACAUGAAAGAAGCCAUGAUCAAGCUUGGUUUCCACUUGCUCUGUUUCUUCAUGUAUCUUUAUAGUAUGAUUUUAGCUUUGAUAAAUGACUGAAGCUGGAGGAGCCGUGGUAGAUGCCAGCCUACACUACACUGCACAGUUGAGGAGCCAGAGACUACUUAACUCACCCUUAAACCGUGACCAUAGCAGUAUAUUUUUUCCUAUUUGAACAACAACAACAACAAAAAAACCCCAAAAAAACCCAAACCCCACAAACCUAUUUUUGCUGUAUUUUUACCAUAUAAAGUAUUUAAAAAACAUGAAUUGAGUUUUUGUAGAUUUCUGGUUCUCAGCCUCUGCCUGCAGCCCAUCAUGCAAAGGCAUUUUUCCAUCCUCUGUUGUUUGAAGAGAUGUGUGUGAGGACAGCCCUGCCCGUGGCGUCUCAGGCCAGGGAAGGCGGGGCAGGCUGGAGAGGGAGGCUGGGCGGGCUGAGCAGAGCUGAGACGCCAGAGGGAGAGCAGCACUGCUGGUCUGGGCAGAGGGACUGGAGCAAAUUACCCUUUUUCUUACAUUGUGGCAGCCUCAGGUGUCUCUUGUAGUUUAAAGAUCUAUGGUACUAUCAACUGAAAGUCUUCCUAAGAAUACUAACAGAAAAUUGCACUGCCCCCCCCCAAUAUACAUCAUUUCUUUGCACAAUUUGUGAAACCUUAAGUCAUUUGCCCAUGUACAAUGUAAUUUUAAUUGCUAGAAGAAAAGCCAAAAAAGCAAAAUUUUAAAGAACUCUUGGGGAAAAAGUUCACUCCCUCCACAGUCACUCUCAGCCCUGUCCACUCCCACAGGCUCUUGUGGGCCUUGGUUUUAUAUUCUAAGUGAGCCCAUUGCACUCUCUCUCGGAUGCAUGCUUAAAAGGGGUAACCAGAGGUAGAGAAGCUGCUCCUCAGAAUAGAAACAGGGCUGGGUCGGGGAUGUGGCUCAGUGCAGAGGAGUUGCCCUGUGUGUGAGGCCCCGACUUUGACCCCCAGCACUACCAUCGAAACAGUGCCACUCUGGCCGGUCAUUUGGUGUCAGUGGAUUGGGCCCGAGCACUCUGCUUUGUGCCAGGUAAGGCACACUGCGGGGCUGCCUCACUGAGAGGUCCCGCACAAAAGCCACUUCUUAAACAUAGCAAUACUUCAGGAGACGCAAGUCCUCGGAGCUGUCUCUGUAAACUCUUGCAGUUGAGAACCGCUAAUGUCUUCCUCUUUGCUGGGUAGAGUGAACCUGGCCGUUGAGUUUACUCCCAGUGCACAUUCGUGCUUUUCCUAAUGUUGCUGUCUUAAGCAUGGGCAUUUCUGCCCAAUAUAACUGUGUUUGAGAGUAGAGGCCAAAAGGAAUUAUUCCCUUUCUUGAGUCAGAAUUGGGUGGCUAACCUGUUUUAUAAUCACCAGAGAAUCAAAUGUUGCAUUUCCUUGUCACGGAAAGAGAAACUCAUGUAGUUGAUGGCGCGUCUAAUUUUCAGUUUAAAUAUUGUAAGGUAUCUGGUGCUGAAGCUGAACAAAUCUGAAAGGGGCUUUUUCUUUUUUUUUUUUUUUUAACCUCUUUUUGGGUCACACCCGGCGAUGCACAGGAGUUACUCCUGGCUCAUGCACUCAGGAAUUACCUGGCUGUGCUCGGGGGACCUGAGAUGCUGGGAAUUGAACCUGGGUUGACCGUGUGCAAGGCACACGCCCUACCCGCUGUGCUAUCGCUCCAGCCUGAAAGGGGCUUUUUCAUUAAAAGCAGACAGGAGUCAUUUCUGUCUUAAAUGUUAACUAUGGUAGAAAUCAAAACCUUUCUUACAGUGCUCUUCUGUAUCAAAGCCCUGAAGGUGUUAACUUUUCAUGUUUUUGAUUUAAUGUAAAAAUUUCCAUUUUAAAGUUACCGUGGUGUUGUGGAACUGGGAGUCUACACUGCCCCCCGAGUCACAUCCUCAGCUCCUCGGGUUUGUUGUGUUAUUGUGUGGGAAAUAACACCUGGAGGUGCUGAGGACCGAGCCCACAUCAGAGCGUGCUCACCAGCCCUUGGAGCCAUCUCGUUGGCCCCUUUAUUUUUCAGUUUUUGGGGGCCAGGGUUGAACACCUCAAACAAGCAGAGCAUGUGCUUUAUCCCUAAGCUACAUCUUUGACCCCAGGUUUUAUUUUUAUUUUUUUUAGGGACUCCUAAAAUGAUGAAAAGCACUGAUCUAAAAGCUGCGGUUAAGGUGCUAAUGAUUUGUUUUCUGUGCUUUUCAUUGAUUGGAAAGAACCUUAGAGAUUGUUUGGUCUAUCUUCUUUACCUUUUUUUUUUUUUUUUGGACCUGGGUGGGUUUGGGCCAAAUGUGAUAGUGCUCAGGGCUUACUCCUGGCUCUGCCCAGGGUCACUCCUGGCAUGCCUCGGGGUACCAUAUGUUGUGUCAGGGAUCCAACCUGGGUCAGCACAUUCAAGGCUAGCAGUGCCUUACCCACUAUACUCUCUCUGGCCCCCAAAUUCUUUCACCUUGAAGAUAGAAAACAGAUUCCUAUAACCUAGAAAUUGCUUCUGGAAUCCUGAUGGUCAGUCCAGAGUUAGCUCUCCUGUACCAUUGCUUUUCCCUCAUGUGCCCUGAUGGCACUAUCUAGUGCCCUACCAGUGUAGGCUGUUACAGGUGCUCCUGCAUGCACAGUAUUUUUAUCUAUGUGUUUGGUCAUGUUCCCCUGUCCUUUUCCCCAUCUUUUCUGUGGUAACAGGUGUCCUUGCCAGUGAUUGGCAUCUCAGGUCAGAAUGCUGAGGAUGCCACAGCUAAGAGAACUCACUAGGUCUGCCAGGCCCCUUCCGGCAUCUUUUCAUGCCACACUGAUGCCAAUCCAAGAGUCCAGAUCAGCUUCCUCUUGGCUUGGCCUGAUUUUGAAGUUGAGAACCAAGAUUAUUUCCCAUGGAACUUUGUCUUCUGUGACACUUAACAAUUUCUACCUGGGAUGGACAGUUAACUUGUAUGCACUUCAUCUCUCCAACUAGAUUGUACGCUCCCGGAGGGCAGAAGACAUUUCACUUGCAUCUGUAUGUCUUCCUACUCCUUCUGGCACCUAACUCAGCACCCUGAAUACAAAAACAAUAAAUAAUCUGAAUGAACAAGUAA